AUGCCGGAGCAGAGCCGCUCGGAGGGCGCGGAGCAGCCGCAAUGCAGGGGCCCGGCUGAGAUGUCGGAGUCGGUGAGGCGGCGGCCACACGGGACCGGCAGCCACGACGAACACGCAAGCACUGCCUGGCUCCUGGGCACCAUCGCCAGCCCCUGGCUCCGGCUGGCCCGACCCCGACCCCCACCCCGACCCCGGCCCCGGCCCCGGCCUCGGCUCCUCCCGGGGCCCGCCGGGGACACAGGCGGCGCGGCCGCUCCCGCCGCCUCCGCAGCGUCUUCCCCGCUCCGAGCUCCGCCGCUCUUGAGCGCGGCCGCCGGCCUCGAGCCGCCGGUGUCCGCUUCAAAAGAGCCAACAUGUGGGGAUGGCCGGCCCGGGGCGGUUGAGCGGCGCUCGGGGGCCGUUCCUGGCCCCGGGCCGAGCGCUGACGGCCGCGUCUCGCCGGCACGGAAGGCGCAGCAGGGCCUGAAGGAGCGGUACCGGCUGGGUUCGCUGCUGGGGCGCGGCGGCUUCGGCAGCGUCUUGGCGGCGACGCGGCUCUCGGACGGCGCCCCGGUGGCCAUCAAACGGGUGCCACGGAACCGCAUCCACCAUUGGGGCCAGCUGCCCGACGGCACCCGAGCACCACUGGAGAUCGUGCUGCUGGACAAGGUGUCCGCUGGCUUCCCCGGCAUCGUCCAGCUCCACGAGUGGCUGGAGCUCCCCAGCAACGUGGUGAUGGUGCUGGAGCGCCCGGAGCGGUCUCAGGACCUCCUUCACUUCAUUCGGGCACGGGGCUUCCUGUGCGAGGAGGUGGCGCGGCACCUGUUCCGCCAGGUGCUGGAGGCCGUGCGGCACUGCACCAGCUGCGGGGUCCUGCACCGGGACAUCAAACCGGAGAACAUCCUGCUUGACCUGGCCACCGGGCAGGCCAAACUCAUCGACUUUGGCUGUGGCACCUACCUGCAAGCCGCAGCCUACACCAGCUUUGCAGGAACACCGUCCUACAGCCCCCCGGAAUGGACGCACCUCGGCUGGUACCACGGCGAGGCAGCGACCGUCUGGUCCCUGGGCAUCGUGCUGCACCAGAUGGUCUGCGGGGAGCACCCUUUUAGGAGGGGCUGGAACAGCACCUGGGGCCGGCUCUCGCUCCCACGACAGCUCUCUCCAGAAAGAAUUGAUGGCAAAGUUUAG